UGUGAGUGGUGUUUGGUGUUUAGUGUUUAGUGUUGGUGUUUAGUGCCCCGUCGACCUCCGCCAUGGCAGCGUCCUACUUGCUCCUUGCAGCUGUCCUCUCUACAUCACAGGCUCUUAAACUACCGUGGUACACUCCAGCAUGUAGUCGUAACGAUCCCAACCUCAACGACUGCGUGGUCAAACACGGUCAGCAGGCUAUACCGCACUUCAUCAACGGAGACCCUAAGUACCGAGUGCCCAAGUUGGACCCUCUAGUGAUUGACCAGCUGGCUGUGAGGCAAGGCACGAGGCAGGUCGGUAUCAACCUCAUGGUCAGAGAGUGCAAGAUCUACGGCCUCAAGAAUGCACAGUUCAUCGCUGCAAGAACGGACUUGAAAAAGAGACACAUCGAGUGGGACUUCAAGUUUCCCUCGGUUUUCAUCCGAGGCAUCUACAACAUCACUGGCCAGGUCCUGAUCCUGCCAAUCAUGGGGAACGGACACGCCAACAUCACAAUCAAUGAUCUGACGAUAACAUACAAGUAUGACUGGGUUCUGAACAAGAAAGGCUCCAAGCACUACAUGAACUUUACCAAGAGUAGUCUGGACUUUGACAUCGGGGGAGCAUCGUUCUACCUGGAAAACCUCUUCAAUGGGGACAAACUGUUAGGAGAAAACAUGAAUUACUUCCUCAACCAAAAUUGGCGAGAAGUGACCAAAGAGCUCGGUCCGGCUAUAGGAGAAGCUAUAGGCGAGGUGUUCCGACUACUACUGACCAACAUCGCGGAUCUGGUACCUUACGAGUACAUCUACCCUGACACACCCGCCAAUACUACAUCCACCACCACGAGCAAACCAGAGAAGGCGCCUUGAUGACGUGCUGCGCAUAGGAACGAAACGUUGUAUGUACAGGACUGUGAGACUUACAGACCUAACGAAGGAAAGAAUAAAUAGACAUAUUAGAAAGCAUUUUGUGAGAGAAGAGACAAAAAGACCAAAAAGAAUCAAUUUAUGAGCUCUCUAAUAUAAUUUUACAUUGUACUAUAAGGGGGAAAAGUAUUUAUAUACAUUUUCCUACAGUUACCUAACAAUGUACAUGUUCUCUCACUGAUUUGAGAAAGCAUCAGUGAGACAAUGUUAACAUUGUCUCACUCUAAUUACUUUGUCUCACUCCAGAUUUGCAACGUGAAGGCACGACAUAGUGAGCACGUAACAUGCAGGCAACGUCGUAUGCGCGCGAAAUACGUUGGCAGCACUGGCUGUAAAUCAGCUGGUCAGCUGUUGUACUGUUGUAUUUGUCACUUCUUAUUAAAUGUUAUAUUAAAAGUUCACUUCUGUGUAAAAAUAGGUUAUGUUUCUUCACCAAUUUAUUUGUUUUAUGGUAACUGUAGGAAAAGUAUAAUGUGCAACUCGAGUUCAAAGUACAAUUGCCUCACUCGAGAAACCAUUCCUCACUCGCCUACGGCUCGUGAGUAAGGAUUUCUCUCGAGUGAGUCAAUUGCUCACUUUUCUCACUAGUUACACAAAUAACUAUUUUCGUCCUAUGUCAUAAGAAAUUAAUAAUUGAAAAUUUAGGAAGAUUUUAUUUAUGAUACCAAAAUGGUUAUAUCUUCAAUUUGAAACCAUUUUUUUAACAGCCAACAUUAUUCGGCCACAAAAUUAUUAAAGAAUUCAGUUAUGACAAAUUAUAAGCCUACUUUUCGUUCAGCAGAAGGAAAUUGUAAAAAAAUAAAACAUGGGAUUUAAUCAGACAACCUCUGAAAUAUUCUAACAAAUUUAAGGUAAAGUUUGAUUAAAAAUUAUGUUCUGCAACUACUGUAUUAUACGAUAUUGGCAAUUCAAUAAAGGUAGUGCAAUAGCCGGCAGAGAAGCUUAGCGUCCAAGUGAAAAUGUUUUAUUAAUGCGUUUCCAUUAUACAUUAGUGACUCUACAAAUUCUUUUAACUUUAAUAUGUUCAGUGAAUUCCAAGAUUUAAUGUUUUAGAGUCCUAAAGAGGAUUUUCCUUUUCACAUUACUUGUCUUUACAUUUUACUUCAUCAUUAGUUAUAAUUCUUAAAAAAAGUGGCUAGCAUUUUUGUAGACAUUUUCAUAACCCUCCGGAUAAUAUUAGAUGGAGGAAAUAAUAAUGAUGCCAAGAAUUAUCACUUGCAAAUCAUUGAACAAGAAGUCAUUGUACUCACGUGUGUUUUUUCAAGGUCAACCUUGACAUUCUUAUGACUUGGUACAACGUAUUCAUUAUUAUUUGCGUAUACAAAGUAGCCACUUCCGCAUUCUUUUGCACCUCAGCUUAAAUACUUUUAUUAUAUUUAUUUGCUAAUGUUGAAUCAAGCUUGAAUGAUAAAUUAAUAUUAUUAACUAAAACACGAGCUAUUCAACAAUGAAUUCCGAAUAAAUAUUUGUCGAUUGUUGCAAGGCAUUAAUGUUCCACUUUCAUCAGCUGUUUAAUAUCAUGAAAUCUUAUUGUACAGUAAGCUUUAUUGUAUUUAUGUAAGGUAUGUAUAUUUUACGAAUAGUGUUAGAGUAAACUAGGAUAAUAUGUGCUGUAAAUGUAUUUUCUAUGAAUAUACUUAUACCACAAAUAAUUGUGUUUGAAGGGUAAAAUUUUGUGUAUCCCUUAAUUCUCGUUAUUAUUGAUCUGUUUAGUGGAGAAAGAUUGUACAUGGAAGUUGUUUCUUUUCCAGCUAAAAAAUUUGAUCCAGCUAACCCUUAAUGGGCCACACAACUUAGUUAACUUUUGAAAAAUAAUAUUAAAAUGACAUUUGGGGGAGUGGAUGAGUAUUUUUACGACUCUU